GUCCGGGAGAGAGGGCAGAGGGCUUGGGGGAGAGGCUAUCCUGCCACCAUCUCCAGGACUGCUCUGGAGCCAGAAGGUCAGGACCAGCCCUGAGUACCCCUUGACACACUGUGUAAAGCCAGGCUUCCUCAGACUCUGUGAGCAGGUGAACCAUCUGCCAUUGCCCUGGCUUCCAUAAUUGGCUCUCAGUGCACUCUGGACCUUUCGUCCUUGCUGGAGGUGGGGGGGGUGAUACUGGGAGGACCAUGGAUGGAGUCAGUCCAUGUGGCCUGGGGCUCAGCUUAAAACCUGCCUUUUCUUUUAGGGUGCAUUCAUUUCCUGCCUCACUUGCAGGGAGGCCCCUCACACCCAGUGGGACAUGGCGGAGGAAGCCAGACUGAGGGUGGGGGCUGGGCUGUGGCCAGCCAGUGCGGGGGCAGCUCAGGCCCUACAGGCACCAGGGUGCCAUGAAGUGUGUCUUUCAGGCAAGGCCCCAGGAGAAGAUGGCCCACGCGGGAGACUGCAAGCAGAUGCCCUGGCUCCCUGUCCUGGUGGUGUCACUGCUGUGUUCAGCCAGAGCAGAAUACUCCAGCUGCGGAGAGAAUGAGUACUACAACCAGACCACGGGACUGUGCCACGAGUGUCCCCAGUGUGGCCCUGGAGAGGAGCCCUACCUGUCCUGUGGUUAUGGCACCAAAGAUGAGGACUAUGGCUGUGUCCCCUGCCCAGCGGAGAAGUUUUCCAAAGGAGGCUACCAGAUAUGCAGGCGUCACAAAGACUGUGAGGGCUUCUUCCGGGCCACCGUGCUGACACCAGGGGACAUGGAGAAUGAUGCUGAGUGCGGGCCGUGUCUUCCUGGCUACUACAUGUUGGAAAAUAGACCCAGGAACAUCUACGGCAUGGUCUGCUACUCCUGCCUCCUGGCACCCCCUAACACCAAGGAAUGUACAGGAGCCAGCUCCGGAGUCUCUGCCAACUUCCCCAGCACCUCUGGCAGCAGCACCCUCUCUCCUUUCCAGCACGCUCACAAAGAGCUCUCAGGCCAAGGGCACCUGGCCACAGCCCUGAUCAUUGCCAUGUCCACCAUCUUCAUCAUGGCCAUAGCCAUUGUCCUCAUCAUCAUGUUCUACAUCAUGAAGACGAAGCCUUCAGCCCCAGCAUGCUGCACCAGCCACCCAGUGAAGAGUGUGGAAGCCCAAGUGAGCAAGGAAGAGGAGAAGAAAGAGGCCCAAGACAGCGUGGUGAUUUUCUCCGAGAAGGACGAAUUUGAGAAGCUGACCGCAGCUCCAGCCAAGACUGCCAAGAGCGAGAAUGACGCAUCAUCGGAGAAUGAGCAGCUUCUAAGCCGGAGCAUGGACAGUGAUGAGGAGCCUGCCACUGACAAGCAGGGCUCCCCAGAGCUGUGCCUGUUGUCGCUGGUUCACCUGGCCCGGGAGAAGUCAGCAGCCACGAAGUCAGCCGGGAUUCAAAGUCGAAGGAAAAAGAUAUUGGAUGUGUAUGCCAAUGUGUGUGGAGUUGUUGAAGGUCUCAGCCCCACAGAGCUGCCAUUUGACUGCCUUGAGAAGACAAGCCGAAUGCUCAGUUCCACGUACAACUCCGAGAAGGCUGUUGUGAAAACAUGGCGCCACCUUGCCGAGAGCUUUGGACUCAAGAGGGAUGAGAUUGGGGGCAUGACAGAUGGCAUGCAGCUCUUUGAUCGCAUCAGCACAGCAGGCUACAGCAUCCCAGAGCUGCUCACAAAACUGGUGCAGAUUGAACGGCUGGAUGCUGUGGAGUCCUUGUGUGCAGACAUACUGGAGUGGGCUGGGCUUGUGCCACCUGCCUCCCAGCCACCCACUACAUCCUGAGGAGCCUGCCUAUAGUCUGCCUUCCCUGGGAGGCACCAAGGAUCUACCAAGGGCUCUGGAGCUGUGAGUGCUGGCAACAGACUGCCAAGAGUCAGGCUUUUUCUGCUGUCACGAGGAUUUGCCUUAGGCCAUUCCAAGGAACAAGAGGAAAUGAGGCCUGUCUUCUAAUCUAACCAAAAAUAAAAGAUUAAAGUUGGGAUAGUCCCAGCUACCCACCUGUACCUCACCAGGCAGGAUGAAUAUUUAUUCAACUCAUUCAAGGGAUGUUUUUGGGUGCUCAGAUGAACCAAACAAUGUGGGGAUGGCAGAGGUGAAGAAUCUAGUACCUGUUUUUAAGGAGUUUACAACCUCAGGAGAGACAGAAGACGUGUCUACAAACCAUCUUGCUAGAAAACAUCAAACAGUCUAGAUGAGGGGAUACUAAGAAAACAUAAUAAGUUCUGAGGGAGGGAGAUGGCUCCCCACUGGGGUGAUGAAGGAGGGCAGCAUCAUGAAGAAAGAAGCUCGAAUGCCUGGUGAAAUGGCUACCAAAGGCAGAUGUCACACUCCACAUAGUGUGUCAGGUUUGGUACAAGUCUGUUAAUAUCUUAAGUGGCUGUUCUUAAGGUCAUUCAUAUUCCUACAGCCCUUCCAAUCACUAAUGGAAGAGUUCACUCUGUGGCCUGCCUUCUGUUACUGAUCUACAAGGCAUGUGUUUGUCCAGUCAAGUAGACCUGUGUCCAGUCAGUGGCCAGUUUCACCUAUUGCCUGAUUCCCAGGCCUGAGACCCAGUGGUUUUGUAUUACACAUGAAUUGCUUUCCACUCUCAUCCCUAGUCAGAUUUGACCCUUUGGGGGCAGCAAUGUUCAAAGACACAGUCCAUUUAAAUUAUGUGUCAGCCUGUUUUUGCUUCAAACAGAAAUGAGUGGUCAGCUAUAUGUGGAAAGAGAAAUGGUGACUUCCUAGGAAUUCAGCCAUGCAUAAUUUUAGAUUCUGAGUGUCUGAGACUUGUGAAUGAGCCUUGUGACAUGAGGGUUUCUGAGCCAGUCAAGGAAAAUGGAGCCUCACCACACAGGCAGGGCCUGGGCUUGAAAUCCAAGGACCUGAUUCUAGUUGUGCCAGCUUGGGCCAUUCUCUUCUCCCUCUUGGGCUUCAGUUUCUCUUUUGCAAAAGAGAGAUUAUUCUGUGAUUCUGUAAUCAGGAAAAGUAAGGUUUAGGUGGGCAACAGGAAAGUGGACUUCAGGAAAUGCCAGGCCUUCAAGGUGCACAUUGAAGUGAACACAGAUGAGUCAUCAAGAUGAGACUAGAAGCAGAAAAACUCGGAGUAACUAUAAUUGUUUGACAUACACUUAGAGGUAAAGUAAUAAACUGGCAUUGUUCUUGGCAAAAUCUCUUACUACACCUGCAGUUGCCAAGAACAUGGGAGCCAGGGUAGUGAUCAUACCAGGGGUUUAAUUUAGAGUUCACUGCUGAGCUUCCUAAUGACAGAUCUGACUAUAGUUAUUACCAAAUUAAAACCAGUCUCUGACUUACAAAGCGAUGUUUUUAAAAUUAUAAGUCACAUGACUGAGCAAAUGCUUUGGGGAGAGGAAAUCAGUCAUACAUUUAGAGCCAACAAGCAAUUGCCCACCAAUGAAUGUAGAACAUACUGUGAUAGGAUCAUAAUUAGGUCCUGAAUAUUUAAUAUCAUCAUUUUCUGUGUCUCUUUGCUGUUUUUCAGAACCUAUUUGCUAUAUCCUACAAGCUAAAUACUCCAUGGCAAAACUUAAUUAUCCUUUUAAUCCCUCUUUGAAAUCCUAUGGCACCCCUUUCUCCUGCUUUGUGAUGAUGAUGAUGAGAUUGUCCCCCUGAAUCAGGCUGCAAAUGUCACAUGUGAUAAGAAUGCUGUUCCAGGGAGACAGCUUGCAGUUUCCCAAGAACAAUAUUUUCAGUGAAGAAGCAGAGGCGGCUGUUCCUGGACCCAGAGCUUUGCCUCAUUUCACACUUACAAUGCUGGGGCCAGAUGUCUAGCCAGCAUCAUGCCAUGUUUCAGUGAUUCUCAACCUGCCAUUUUUAGAAAGUUAGUCCUUAUAGAGCUAAACGUUCCUUUGUCAUCUACUUAUUUGGACAUAAAUCCAAGAAUAGUCUAUUCUGAUGAGCUUUAGCCUACAUUGUGGAAUUCAAAUCAAUGUGACCAUAAUGAUUAUCACUGACCAGAACAGGGACUUCCACCCUGACAUUUUGUAUGGAGACAUUCAUUAUUUUGCUAUACUUAAAAACUUUUAGGAAACACCCUAAGCUGGAGCUGUGGGCCUUAACCAGUGAAGUCUUAAUUGUUAAUAGUUUUGUCUCAUCCUGUAUAUAUAACUUAUUAUAUUUUACAGUUUCAAUAAACUAAUAAAAAGGAGAUCUACAGACUGCUACAAUGUGAGUUCUUUC